GUUUAUUAUUUCAAUUACACAUUUUUUUGAUACACCGCACGUAAAAAGUUCAUCUGAUGUAUUAAAGCGUGAAGCAGUGCAGAUAGACGGAGAGACGAAAUGGCUAAUGUAGAGGAGGUAAUGAAGAUUAUAAUCAAGUGCGUUGAUUUCGCAGCAGUUAAGCAUAAAGAUCAGAGGAGGAAGGAUGCGGAGAAGACGCCGUACAUCAACCAUCCGAUCGGAGUUGCAAAGAUAUUAACCGAAGAGGCCGGUAUCUGGGAUCCAGUUGUAAUUCAAGCGGCAAUCCUUCACGACACCGUCGAAGACACGGACACGUCUCUGGAUGAGAUCGAAUCGAUUUUCGGUGUGGAGGUGAGGAACGUCGUCGCGGAGGUGACGGACGAUAAGAGUUUGUCGAAGAUGCAGCGAAAGGAGCUGCAGGUGAUGAACGCGCAGUCGUCCAGCAAAGAAGCGAAACUCGUGAAAUUGGCGGACAAGUUGUACAAUCUGAGGGAUUUGAAACGGUGCACACCGGAAGGAUGGGACGAAGUUAGGGUGAGGGAAUAUUUCGAGUGGAGCGGUCGAGUCGUGAGGAAGUUGCGCGGCACGAACGCAGCGAUGGAGGAUAAACUGUGCGAGAUUCUUGGCUUUACAAUUUUAUUAGAAUAAAUAAAUACAGAUAUUAUAAAUA